AUAAUACAAUGCAGUUGGUCUAUGCAUAGGAAGUCGAACUCGCAGAAAGAAUAAGCUUCGAAAAGAGGAUUUACACAUGAAGGAAAGACGUGGUUAUGCUUGCAGCGGUGUAUGACCUUUGUCUUGCACACGGCGUGGCACGUGUACAGAACUGUCUCGCAGUGUUGGAGCUCGGACCAUGCAAAAGUUGGAGCUUCUAUUGAAAGCUCUCGUGAUUCUCGACCAUCACAACACAACACAACCAUGAAGCUCUCACGGUAGGACACCAUGCGGCUCCCAAAUCAUGCGGCAUGUCAUCUGCAAGUCUGCAAGGCGAAUCAGAGCUCGGCCUGUGCAAUAUUUUGGUUCUGCUGGUAGUCUCCAAUUCAGUCGUUCCUUUCGGUUUAAACUCUCAGAGAAACGCGCACUCACCUCGAAUUUAACGGAGAUCGACAACUUGUAUCGAAUAGGGGAAGCUGGUCGUCGAAUAAAAAAACUAAAGAGCGAGACAUGGCCGUGGUUAAUUUUCCAUGCGAAGGGAGGAGAGGAAUUGGAGAAGGCCAAGCAGAAGAAGUACAUCCUGCCAAUGUUUCCUUACCCAUCAGGCGAUCUACAUCUUGGCCAUCUACGAGUCUACACAAUAUCCGAUGUUCUAGCACGGUAUUAUCGAAUGCAGGGUUACAAUGUCAUGCACCCAAUUGGCUGGGAUGCCUUUGGUCUGCCAGCAGAGAAUGCUGCUAUUGAGAGAGGCAUUGAUCCAGCUACCUGGACCAAGAAGAAUAUCCAAAAAAUGAAGUCUCAGUUGGAGGGAAUGAAUGGUCACUGGGAUUGGGACAAGGAGCUUGCUACAUGCGAUCCGAGUUUCUACAAACACACCCAGCAACUAUUUCUCCUCCUACACAAAGCUGGAUUGGCCUACCAAGCAGAGUCAUUAGUGAAUUAUGACCCUGUGGAUAAGACAGUGUUGGCGAAUGAGCAAGUGGACGCGAAUGGUUGUUCUUGGAGAUCCGGUGCCAAAGUAGAGCAGAAAAUGCUGAAGCAAUGGUUUUUCAAAAUCACCCAGUUUCGACAGGAGCUAUUGGACGAUUUGAAGACACUGGAGAAGAAUGGAGCUUGGCCAGAGAGGGUAUUGGCAAUGCAGAAGAACUGGCUUGGAAAGUCGACUGGUGCAAAGAUUAAAUUCCCUGUGGUGGCAUAUGAUCAGCAGACUCAUUCCGAUAUCGAAGUGUUCACGACGAGGCCAGAUACAUUGUUUGGAGUUCAGUAUGUUGCUUUGGCAUCAACACAUCCAAUUGUUCAAAGCCUAGCGAAGACGGAUGCCGAGCUUCAAGCAUUUCUGGACACUAUUCCAGCUCUACCACCAGAUUCGAAGGUUGGAUACGUAUUACCUCAUGUUCGGGCUCUGAACCCCCUGGCCUAUGAGGAGUCUACACCAGAUGCGACGAAAGCGUCAUUGCCUAUCUAUGUGGCUCCAUAUGUCCUUGGAGACUACGGAGAUGGUGCCGUGAUGGGAGUUCCUGGUCAUGACACUCGUGAUCAUGCUUUCUGGAAGCAUAACCGGUACGAUGACCCUGUACGAAUGGUCAUUUCUCAGUCUCCAGACGAGUCUACGGGCGUGCUGAGAAACGCGCCCUACAUACGACACGGACAUCUUACCAAGCACAGUGGACCGUAUGCUGGUUUGAGCACUGCUCAAGCGACGAAAAAGAUCAUCGAUCUUCUGGAAGCAAAAGGAUUGGGAUCUGCUGCCGAGACUUGGCGACUUCGAGACUGGUUGGUUAGUAGACAGAGAUACUGGGGAACUCCCAUCCCCAUCAUUCACUGCGAAAGCUGUGGUCCAGUACCGGUGCCCGAGGACCAACUUCCAGUCGAACUUCCCGCCGUUCAGGAGCAUUGGGGCAACGGAAAAACUGGCAACCCACUGGACCAUGCCCACGACUGGGUGAACACGAGAUGUCCGUCAUGUGGUGGUGCCGCCAAAAGAGAUACCGAUACUAUGGACACAUUCGUGGAUUCGAGUUGGUAUUUCAUGAGAUUCCCGGACUCGCAGAACAAGGAGCUCAUGUUCUCGCCGGAUGCAGCAAAUACGAAUUUACCAGUGGACAUUUAUAUAGGUGGAGUCGAGCAUGCGAUUCUUCACCUUCUUUAUGCUAGGUUCAUUUCCAAGUUUAUGAGCACGACACCGUACUGGCCAGAAGGUAGCAAUCACGCUGGAGAACCAUUCAAGAAAGUUUUGACUCAAGGAAUGGUUCACGGAAAGACGUACUCGGAUCCUUCGAAUGGUCGAUUUUUGAAACCAGACGAGCUUGAUCUCGGAGAUCCAUCCCAGCCGAUUGCUAUUGCGUCCGGCCAAAAAGCCAAUGUGAGCUUUGAGAAAAUGUCAAAGUCAAAGUACAACGGAGUUGACCCGGGAACGUGCAUAGCAAAGUAUGGCGCCGAUGCCACCAGGGCGCAUAUCUUGUUCCAAGCACCCGUGAGCGAAGUACUGGAAUGGGAUGAAGAAAGGAUCUCCGGUGUUACUCGCUGGCUUAAACGAUUGCUGGAGUUCUUGGACAAGUAUGCAGAUUCUCAUUUCAUCAGACUCCGGGCUGCUGAACUACACGGUCUCCUGAACGCAAAAGCAUAUUUUUUGUUCAAUUUCGAGAUUAUAGAAAGCUUGAAAACCGAGAAAGGCAGGAAGUUCAAGAUUCCCAGUCAGCUCAAAGAGUUCAUUGGAAAAGAUGUCGCCGAACUUGAGGUACGUCCCGAGGCUGUAACACAGGUAACCGAACGCUUCGAGCAAGAUAAAUCCUUAUGGCGGGCUGUACAGGCGAGUAUCGCAUCGGUCACCGAAGCUUACAGCACAACACAUUCCCUGAAUACCGUCGUCUCAGACUUGAUGUCCCUGACCAAUGCUAUUCUUGAUCAGCAGACCGAGAAAAAUGGGGUCUUGACAUUCAAGGCAAAUUCCCAAUUGGUUUAUCUUGCAGUCGUUGUCCUGCUCCGAAUGAUGGCUCCAGUCACUCCAGCAGUCGCAGAAUACUGCUGGGAAAAGGUGAACCUUCCACAAGCAAACGCUUACGACUACUGGGUUGGAUCCAUGGUGGCAAAGGUCGGAACUAUAUUCGCUAGAAGAGUUCUGCCUCCUGGUACUGAACUCAAAAAUCUGGUUACGCGUUCGAGACCAGGGUCUAUCUUUGAUCAACCGUUUCCCACGACCGAUGGGACGUAUGAGAUGUUGACUCCGGCAACACAGACUUGUGCUGUUCAAAUCAAUGGGAAAUUGAGAGUUGCCGUUGAGAUUCCGAAUCCUCCUGGAGAUCUUCCAAAUGAGAAGCUGGAAAAGUGGUUGGUGGAAGAGAUCUUGAAGACAAAGGAUGGGAAGAGUCGACUAAUGGGAGUUUCGAAGAAGGGGAAACCUCAAGUUGAUAUUAGGAAGGCUAAAAGGGCGAUUGUUGUUAAAGGAGGGAAAACGGUAAACUUUAUUAUGUAGAUGAUUGUACUAUACCUAGCUCUGAUUGUAUAAAAGAAUGAGGAUGGAGGAUGUUCGCGAUGAUUCCUUUCCUCUGGCCAUAAACUCUCGGCAAUGUCUCGCCAAAGUGCCACCUCUCGG